AUGUCUCUCUCUCUCAUAAUAAAAUGGGGUGGACAGGAAUAUUCAAUAACUACACUUUCCGAAGAAGAUACGGUGCUAGACCUCAAGCAGUCCCUCAAGACACUUACAGGAGUGCUACCGGAACGCCAAAAAUUGCUUGGUCUAAAGGUUAAAGGCAAACCUGCAGAAAAUGACGUUAAGCUUGGAGCUCUCAAACUGAAACCAAAUACUAAAAUCAUGAUGAUGGGAACUCGAGAGGAGAGCUUGGAAGAUGUCUUAGGCCCACCACCUGACAAUGAUGAUGUUGUCAAUGAUUUUGAUAUUGAAGAGGAAGUAGUUGAAGUAGAAAAUAGGGAAGAAAACCUGCUAAAAAUUUCUAGAAGAGUUAAAGAUUACAAAGUGGAAAUUUUGAAUCCUCCUAGGGAAGGAAAAAAACUUUUGGUACUAGAUGUUGAUUAUACAUUGUUUGAUCAUAGGUCCUGUGCAGAAACUGGGGUAGAAUUAAUGCGACCAUAUCUUCAUGAAUUCUUAACAUCUGCUUAUGAAGAUUAUGACAUAGUUAUUUGGUCUGCUACAAAUAUGAAGUGGAUUGAAGCUAAAAUGAAGGAACUGGGAGUAAGUACAAAUGCAAACUAUAAGAUCACCUUCAUGUUGGACAGUGCUGCUAUGAUAACAGUGCAUACCCCGAGAAGAGGCCUAAUAGAUGUAAAACCUCUUGGUGUUAUAUGGGGAAAAUUUUCAGAGUUUUACAGCAAAAAAAAUACCAUUAUGUUUGAUGAUAUUGGAAGAAAUUUUCUUAUGAACCCACAGAAUGGAUUAAAGAUAAGGCCUUUUAUGAAAGCUCAUCUAAAUAGAGAUAAAGAUAAAGAACUUUUAAAGUUAACCCAAUACCUCAAGGAAAUAGCAAAAUUAGAUGACUUUUUGGAGCUGAAUCACAAACAUUGGGAAAGGUAUCUCUCAAAGAAGCAAGGGCAGUAGUUCUAAGAUGCAUUGGCACAUAACCGAAGAUAACUAAGAUCUAUGGACCUUUCCUUGCUUUUAUGCUAGAUAUGAUGAUAGUGCUGGACACUGAAGCAAACACCAGACUGACUGACUGCUUAUACUUGGUCUUCCAGUUUUUAAUUUUAUUUUAUUUUGUAUUUUUUUGAAGAUCACAGCAAUAAGCUAAAAAAGAAAACAAACCAGUUUCUUUUUAUGUACACUUCAUUGUUACUAUUUAAAAAUAAUACCUACUUCUGCACUGCUCCAAAGGUAUUAUUGUAAUUUUUUUUUCCCACAAAAAAUGGAGGAAAACAUAUUUAGUAGUUUUCCUAAUGAUGCCAUUCAGUAACUUUGGAAACAACUUCAGGUUUUAGGUUUUUGCUUCACUAAGCCUCCAGCGGCCAAAACCCACCUUGAAAACUGGAAAGCAAGAUUUUAUUUUAUAUUUUUAAGACCAAAAAAAUUGUGCAGGAAGCCAAUUUUGGUAUCCUUUUAAAUUACCGUGAUCCUUUAUCCUUCUGUCUUAGACAUAAUUUCCCUUCCCUAUUCUAAUAUUUAGAUUUCUAAAUACAAGCUGUUUCAGUUUGGUUUGUAUUUGUGUGUCAGUGUUUCUUUGUGUAAGACUGGAAAAACACUAGCCCUAAGGCAAAUGUGCCAUAGUGGGGGAGGUGAAUUCCUAGAAAAUAAUUACUGACAAACUAAAUUUGAAGGGAAAAAAGUCCAGCUGUAUCCAAUGGCUCAUUAGAAGCAUUUCUGCCUAAAAACCAUUGUCAUAAGCAGUUUAAAAGCACUAAAUUUCAAAUAGGACAUGUCACAGAAUCAUCCCUAAUAAAGCAUGAACAAAAGCCCUUGUUCUGUUCUAGUUAAAUCUUGUCCAAAUACAAACACCAUGUCUCAAUUGAAAUACCUAGCCAUACAGUUUUUAAAGUCAUUUACUUGCAAUGCUUAAGCCUGCACUAUAGAAGUGUGAUGUGACUGCUGUUUUGCGUUAUUGACAGUGUUACAUUAUACAGUUCUUGUAUUUGAAAGAAGUCCGAGCCUUUCAAAUAAACAUGGUAUAUAUAUUGUUCUUAAGGGACUAUAGCAGUGGUGUAAAUAAUAAAUACCUUUUCUUAAAACAUUGGA